AUGUCAAUUCCGGGCUUGGGCCAGAUUCCCGUGCAGGUGAUAUUCCACGACACCGUCACCUCUUCGACCCGCACAAUCGUCCUCAAGCCAGCCUGGGAAUGGCGUUUCGAAGUACCUGCCGGCCGCAUCAUCUCCGUCAAAGUCCUCUCUGGCACCGCUGAAAAGGAUGGCGUCGAGCUUGCUGUCCGCAACACCUACUCUUUCAGGGCAAUCAAAUCCAAGAUUUUGACUUGGCACGGAUGCGAGCUCGAGGUCGAGGGACGGACUGACGACGAUUUCGUCGCGGAAUAUGCUUCCCCCGAGGCGAACCCGGCGAAUGCAUAUGUGAAUCUCCACGCCCAGCUGAGUGAGAUGCGGAAAACGGCCGUGGCCGAGCGGAGAGAAGGCCCGAGGCUGCUGAUUGCAGGCCCGCCGACGACUGGGAAAAGUACGCUCGUCAGGACGCUCGCGAGUUACGCGACGCGACAAGGGUUCGAACCUAUCGUCGUGAAUGCCGAUCCCAUGGAGGGUAUGUUGAGCCUGCCGGGGACGCUGAGUGCCAGUGUUUUCGCCACGGUGAUGGACCCUGAGGCUGUUGACGGAUGGGGCACCACGCCGACGAGUGGACCGAGCACCGUUCCUGUCAAGCUGCCGCUCGUCUACUACUACGGGAGGAAUCUGCCGGAUGACGAUCCUGAGUUCUACAGAGAGCUGACGAGUAGGCUUGCUGGCACGGUGAGUGCGCGGCUCACCGAGGACGAGGGUGUCAGGGGCUCCGGCGUGAUUGUGGACACGAUGGGCGUCAGUGAGAAGAGUAAGAUUGGGGAAGACCUGCUCGCUCAUAUUGUCGACGAGUUAUCUAUCAACAUCAUCGUGGUCCUCGGCUCCAAUAGAAUGACAGCGGAGCUCUCGAAGCGCUUUUCUGCAGAGAAGACUUCCCUUGGCGAAGUCAUCCACGUCAUUGGGCUCGAUCGCUCAGAAGGCGUAGUUGAGCGGGACGAAGGCUUUUUGGAGCAUUCAAGGGAACAGGCCAUCAAAGAGUAUUUCUUCGGGGACGCUAGGAGAGCGUUGAGUCCGCAGAUUCAACAGGUUGAUUUUGAUGCGCUUGUUAUAUAUAAAGCGUCUGAUUACUCGGCGUACGAAAAAGCAACAUUGUCCCGCGAUGGACCCUCGUCCACCAUGCAACACUGGACGUUUGCCAUCAUGCACGCUUCGCCCAAGGAUCCUCCCGAGGUGGUGAGGGCUGCGACAGUGAUGGGUUUCGUGUAUGUUUCUGAUGUUGAUGAGGAGAGGCGGAAGAUUAAGUUGUUGGCGCCGGUGGGUGCGGAUGUCCAGCACGGCCGUGAGCACGACAUGGCAAGACUCACGACACAUUAUCGCCGUCUCAAAUUCCGAAUGGCCAUUCUCGCAGAUGCAACGCCGGGUCCUCGACAUGGACCUAGCAGGCCAGCCAACGAGGACGCCGCCAAGGGAUACGUAGGCAUGCCAUGGGACUCUGCGGUUGUGUCACGCUCCAGAGUGCCUCGUACCACUUCCUGGCACACGGGGCCCAUCUGGGCUUGGCUUGCCCAGCUUCAAGCUCCGGGACUCUCCAUGCUCGUGACCAAGGUGGAUGCAUCCCCUGCUCUCAACUGCGUGUCUUUUCCUCGCCGUUGUUUUGUGCUGCUUUUCUUCUUCUUCUUCUUCUUCUUUCAUCGCCAUCCUCGGGCCUUCAUUGCUUUAGUCCCUGCUACUUCUUCAUCGUCCAUCCGAUUCCUCUUCUUUGUGGAAGUCGGACCUCGACGCCAGCAUCCCACUGAUAGUAGGGACUUUGCAGUCCUCCUCGGCUUCCGCCUACAUCGGCUCUUUCACCUUUCCUUCCAUCUUACCAAUGCGAAUGGUGCAGAACACACCAACUCCUCCUCGGACUCGGAGGCCAUCGCCGGCCCCGACGACCAGCCACCUAUAGCGGAACCUCCCGAUAUAUCCUUUUCAAGUGAAAAGCCAAAUUGUCAUCAUACGCAUUCUGCCCAACACGUUGCUGAACAGCUCGCCACCGACCAAGACCAUGGGCUGAGCGACGACGAGGCGGCCGCCCGGUUGGCCCGGGACGGUCCCAAUGCUAUCAAAGGAGCUCGGGGUCUCUCCAUUUGGAAAAUCUUUUUGCAGCAAGUCGCCAAUGCUCUAACUCUUGUCCUCAUCGCUGUCGCUGCAAUAUCCUACAUUAUUGGCGACUUUGUCGAGGGCAGCGUGGUAAUUGCCGUAAUUGUGCUCAAUAUUGUCGUUGGGUUAAUUCAAGACUACCGUGCAGAGCAGACUAUCCAAUCUCUCUACGCGCUGUCUACGCCCAAAUGCAAGGUUAUUCGAGAUGGCCACAGCUAUACCGUGAAAGCCGAGACACUUGUCAUAGGCGACCUGGUCUCUCUUGCGACUGGUGACGUAGUGCCAGCAGAUUUGCGCCUGGUCCAGGGUAUGAACUUGUCCACUGACGAGGCACAUCUGACUGGCGAGUCUGUAGCCAUCAGCAAGAAGCCCGAAGCGGUGUUUACCGACCCUGACAUGCCCGUUGGUGACCGUAUCAAUCUGGCCUUCAGCGGUAGCUCCGUCACCCUUGGCCGCGCUACUGGCAUUGUCAUCUCAACCGGAAUGGACACAGAGGUUGGCCAGAUUGCCGAGCUCUUGCGCAGGGAAAAGAGGGAGGUCAAUGGCAGUAAUGCAGCGGUCAAGGCCCUCUACUCGUCCUACCAAUCUGUUCGUAGAAUUUUAGGCCUCGAAGGGACUCCUCUGCAAGUGACUCUUAGCAAGUUUGCCCUGCUUCUUUUUGUCUUCGCCAUUCUUCUUGUCGUCAUUGUCUUCUCGGUCAAUCUAUGGGACAUCGACGACGAUAUCCUUCUCUACGGCAUCUGCGUUGGCGUGGCGGUCAUUCCCGAAUCCCUUCUCGCCGUGCUGACUGUGACAAUGGCGGUUGCAACAAAAGCAAUGGUUAAAGGCCAUGUCAUUGUGCGCCAAAUGCCGUCCCUCGAGGCAGUAGGCGGCGUGACCAAUAUUUGUUCCGACAAGACCGGAACUCUUACCCAAGGCCGCAUGAUUACUCGUAAGGUUUGGCUUCGUGGUGGUCUAACCGGUACGGUCGAUGGGACGUCUGAUCCUUACGACCCAAGCAGUGGGAACGUGUCCUGGUCUGCUUCUCUCGUCGGAACCUGCAUCAACCUGUUCCUCGAUGCUCUUGUUUUGUGCAAUAAUGCCACCGUCUCAGAUGGAAAGAAGGAGUCUGAAACCGAUUCCAGCAGCGUUACCACAGCCUUUGAGCCCGCAGAAUGGAAAGCUGUGGGCGAGCCUACGGAAAUUGCACUCAAGGUGUUUGCCAUGCGAUUUGGGAAAACGACUGGGAGCGAUCUGUUGACCGCUGAGCACCCGUUUGACUCUUCAUGCAAGCUCAUGAGUGUUGUCUAUGGUAAUGGCUUGGAACGGCAACGGCACGUUUACACCAAGGGCGCAUUCGAAGUAAUUCUUCCAAUCUUAGCCGAGGACGAGGGAACGAAAAAGGCGAUUCGCGCAAAGGCCGAAGAAUUUGCUGGGGAAGGUCUUCGAGUCCUGUGUAUUGCGGACAAGCUCAUGGAGGGAGCGAUUGGCGACUUCCAGGAUCGUUCCAAGGUCGAGUCCCAUCUACGUUUCCUCGGUCUUGCUGGGCUUUAUGACCCGCCUAGGCCCGAGACCGCGGGAGCUGUGAAACAAUGUCUGGAAGCUGGAGUCACGGUUCACAUGGUUACUGGUGACCAUAUCAAGACUGCUACCACCAUCGCCUAUGAAGUUGGCAUCCUGCCCAGAGACGUGCCGCUGGCUCCAACGACAGUCAUGUCUGCUGCUGAACUUGGCAACAUGACUGAUGAGCAAAUCGACGCACUUGAUUCUAUUCCUCUGGUAAUUGCCAGGUGCAGUCCGUUGACCAAGGUCAGAGUCAUUCAGGCCCUCCACCGCCGAAGAGCAUUUUGCAUCAUGACUGGCGAUGGCGUCAAUGAUUCCCCGGCUUUAAAGCAGGCAGACGUCGGCAUUGCUAUGGGCGACCGCGGAAGUGACGUUGCCAAGGAAGCAUCCGACAUGGUUCUCACAGAUGAUAACUUUGCUUCUAUCGUUACCGGUAUCAGGGAAGGCCGGAGAUUAUCUGACAAUAUUCAAAAGUUCCUGCUGCAUCUCCUUACGUCCAAUUUAGCUCAAGUUAUUUUGCUUUUGAUAGGCUUGGCUUUUCAAGACGAUGAGGCAGUCCCGGUGUUUCCAUUGUCUCCCCUAGAGAUCCUGUGGGCGAAUCUUGUCAUUUCCUCUCCCCUGGCUCUUGGUCUGGGCCUUGAGGAAGCUCAGCCUGAUAUUUUGCAGCGGCCACCUCGGAGUCUGCGCUCUGGUGUCUUUACAUUCGAUCUCGUUCGCGAUCAGCUCAUGUACGGUUCUUUCAUGGGCUCGUUAUGUUUGGCGGCAUUCAUGCUGGUAGCAUACGCGGCUUCCGGAGAGGGAUUCCAUGACCUAGCUCAUGGAUGCAACGACGGUCCAGGUGGAGUCUGCGCCCCAAUUUUCCGCGCCAGGGCGGCAACAUUUGCGACGUUGAGUUUCUUGCUUCUUGUUACAGCAUGGGAAGUCAAGCAUUUCCAUCGAAGUUUGUUCAGCAUGGACAAGCGAUGGUCCGGUCCAUUUUCGGUACUCAGGACUGUUUAUCACAACAAAUUCUUGUUUUGGUCCGUCGUAGCCGGUUUCCUUGCUACGUUUCCCGUCAUUUACAUCCCAUACGUCAACACUGCCGUGUUCAAGCAUACAGGUCUUACGUGGGAAUGGGGCGUAGUAGCAGGGUGCGUUGUGACGUAUGUCGGGCUCGUGGAGUCGUGGAAGGCUGCCAAGCGAGGUCUUGGCCUCGGGGUAGAUGGGCAUCCAACGAUGGCCGGUCAAGUUUAA